GGUAGUCCGCCUGUCAAAUAUUAUUAGACGUGCAAGUAGACUUCUAGCAUUGCUGUUCAAGUGAAUGGAGUUUAAUCCACGCUAUGCAAAUGUUUGUUUAUUUGCAUAAUUUUUCGGAUUUCACGCUCGAAAACCCUUGUGGACGUUUUUUUAUGUGAUUUUUGUGACAGCGUUAACGGGUUGUAGAAAUAGGUGUUCAUGCGUAGUUGAUGUGGUAAAUAAUACAACAUAAACAAAUGCGAUUGUGAGCAUUUAUAUCAAUAUUCAUGGGGCUAUUAAAAAACUCUUUAGAACAAAUAUUGCAAAACUAGACUGUAUAAUUUGUUUUCCUAUGUAACGGAGUAAUUUUCAUAGGGUACAGUUACAAUUUACAAGGUGGAAAUAAUACUGUAUCGUGAUUUUAUAGUUGAUAAACAUAAUAUCAAAGUAAUGGAUUUACAUUGUGUUUAUAGAAGGCAUUUGACUCUUCCAUAACAUGGAUUUUCUAUCGGUUGACUCCACAUAAAAUUACACAAUUGGAUUUUGUAAUUGGAGUCGUUUUCAGAAAUCAUGAAGGAUGAAGAUCAGCAAGGGACAUCACUCUAUCAGCUUGGUGCUGCUUGCCUGGUUUGUAUCCUACGCAGUUACCUGCCCUACCAAGUGCACAUGCAUUGAUGCUGUGUAUGCGUACUGCGACAAUCAAAAUAUAACCAGCGCAGAGCUUCCAGACGUGUUGCGGUCCAUUCCUGCUUCCACUACCUACUUGGAUUUAAGCAACAAUAAAAUCCAAACUAUUCCAGAGCUUGCCUUCACAUUGCUCGAAGAGUUAUCGGUCUUGGAUUUACAAAAUAACGAUAUUAUGACAUUGUCCAACAGGACAUUUUGGGGCCUAUCAAAAUUGCAAAGUGUGUAUUUAAAAGAUAAUGUAAUCACUAUGCUUCAAAACCGUACUUUUGUUGGAUUACCAAAAUUACAAUUUGUGGAUUUCAGUCACAAUAAUAUUAGUGCAAUAGGAUUUUGUGCCUUUAUCGACACACCAAAUCUCUCUAAAGUUUUGCUGAAUCACAAUGAGUUGACGAAUUUGACAGAAGACAUGUUGGCAAGUCUUGCGACAUUAACACAUCUGGACGUGUCAGAUAAUCACAUUAAUUUCAUAUCUGAUACGGCAUUCUCUCGACUACAGAAUGUGCAAGUGCUUGUAAUGAAUGAUAAUCUAAUCUCUACCAUAGAUAUGUCGACGGUAUCUGGAAUGUCCCUUCUGCAGAGGUUAUACUUGGAAUUUAAUAACAUUACGAGUUUGAGUGGCUAUAGCUUCGAAUCCAACAAGCUCACUCUGAAAACUGUGAGCUUGAAAAGCAAUCGUCUGCAGACUAUUCAGACUAUGGUUUUUCGCAAUGCGCAGGCUUUGGAAGUCUUGGAUUUGAGCGAAAAUGAGAUUAGUUCCAUACAAAGUGGAUCGUUUGGUGGUCUUAGUUUAACAAAAAUGAACUUGUCAAGCAAUCGCCUGAGCUCGAUCUCGAGUUCAACAUUCAGCAGUUGCAGACGAAUUAGCGUCCUUGAUCUUAGCUGCAACCUGCUGACGGAGAUUGGUCCCCAGUCCUUUGUUAGUUUCAAAGAAUCUGUGUUUGAAAUAGAUUUGAGUUUCAACGCUCUCAGUAACGUACUAGCUGGUAUCUUUGAUGGUAUGACGUAUUUAAACUCACUAAAUCUCGCAAACAACUCGAUAACAUUUAUCGAAGAGCAUGCAUUUAGUGACCUAGUGCAUUUGAAAUACCUCGAUUUAUCGUGGAAUCAACUCACGACUGUUACUGCGCGGAUGUUCGCAGGUUUGCAGUCGAUUCAUCAGCUUAAUCUUCAGUCUAACCCACUCAUUCGCUUCAGCCAUGGGCAAUACUCUGAGACAACAUUCAACAUAAACAUUCACCUAAAUCUCACCAUGGCUGAUGUCUCACCACAUUCCGUGAUCCUUCGGUGGCCGUACAAGGACGGGUCACAGAUAUACUGGUCUAGAAUAGUGUACUGCAUUGAGGACGGGAAAAUAUGCCCGUUUAGGCCUCAGCCGGAAUUUCUUCCAGCGUAUGAAACGGAAUUGAAUCUAGAAGGGCUGACAGAUAAUACUGUUUACUUUGUUUGCAUUAAUCCAGCAUUUAAAGCAGAGUUUUUAAAAAUUAAUCAGUGCUUGUUUUUCAAAACGGAAAAAGAGAGAGUAAUAUCAACAUCAACAGUUAUAGAUAUCACUCCUAAAGCAGUCUCGUCCACUGCAACAUUGACGUUUCAAUUUACUCAAGUUUUACUGAUUUGGUUGUUGUGGAUCGUGUAAGAAUUACAUUUUAUAAAUGAAUAUGUUAUGUGAUGGAAUUGUGCAAUUUUUCAUUUUGUUAAAAAUAAUUUAUUAUUCCUUUUUGUAUUGUACAGAAUUGCUUCAGAAUUUAUAUUUGUCAUGAAUGUCGUAACAUGCAGAUAAAUGUUGAAAUUAUCAAAGCAGAACAUGUGUUAUCAUGUUACAAUUUUAAACAGGUAUGGGCAAUAUGGGCAUUUAACAUGCAUUUUGUUCAGUAUGAUGUUAACACAUUAACUCAUUUAUGCCUAGUGGACUCUCCCAUCCUUCUAAAUUGGAUCAAUUUAUUUCCAAAAUUAGGGAUGUAAAGUAUAUUUAUCUCUAUAUUUAGAAUUUUUCUUACAGAAACUCAUGCAAGCAAACAGCGCAGAUCCUGAUGAGUCGCCGCAUCAUGCGGCGUCUCAUAUGGGUCUACACUGUUUGCCAAGGCCUUUUUCUAGACGCUAGGCAUACAUGGGUUAAUGUCUUCAAAUUUGAAGUUGUCUUAUUCUCAAUUGUGCAUUACAUAUAAUAUGAGAUUUUAAUAUUAAAAGGCCUGAUUUAUUUUAUCAUAUUAAACCAAUUUGGAAUAACAUAUAUAAAAGAAAAUAUUUAAUGUAAACAAAUUAAAGUUACACUGUUUCCUAUACCAGAAUAUUAAAAUCAAACACUUUAUUUUAAUACAAUUGAUGAAGGCUAUGGCCCAAAUAUGUUUCAUAUGUAUUAAAUUAAAAGAAACAAAAGUCA